AGGAGUGUGAUCACUCUUUUUCUCCUCUGAUACUGCAGAUACAAUGGAAAUAGCUGUGAUACACUGCAUCAUCCUGGGAGUGAUCUCAGGUUUGACCAAAGGAGCUGGUGUGUUGCCAGACAGUCCUUUGAAUGCAGCUGUGGGAGAGACAGUGAUGUUCAACACAACAGUGACUCCACCAGAAAACCCAUUUAUAUUAAUGACCUGGAAAUUUGGGGAUAAAAAUAUAAUAAUUUUCAAUGGUAACAACUUCACUUCACCAGAGUAUGAAGGCAAGAUCACCCUCUUCAUGUCUACUGGAUCUCUGGAGCUCAGGAAUCUGGCUCUUAAUGACACUGGAGAAUACAGUGUGAGUAUUGUUUCUUUGGGAGAACUACCGAUGGAUGGGAGCACAAGACUGAACGUUAAUGUCCCAUUCUCCAAUGUAAUGGCAACUGCCAGCAGCACAGACAUGGUGGAGUUCAACAGCUCUGUCCGUCUGUUCUGCUCCUCCUCUGGAUCCUCUCUCUCUUUCCUCUGGCUGAACGGCAGCUCUGAGGUUACAGCCAGUGACAGAGUUCAGCUCACUGAUGGAGGCUCCACUCUCACUAUAGUUAACGUGAGCCGCUACGACCAGGGACCAUUCAGGUGUUGUGUGUCCAAUCCCGUCAGUAAUGGCACCAGUGAUCCAAUAACCCUCUCCAUCAGCUAUGGCCCAGAAGAUAUUAAUUUGACAAUAUCUCUGUCACAAGAAUACUAUGGGAAAGGGUCAGACAUCACCCUGUCCUGCUCAGCUGACUCCAGACCUGCUGCCCAGUUUCACUGGUUUUUGAAUGGAGACCGGCUGUCUGAUACUGGACCGCUCAGACUGAUGAACAUUCAGAUGAGUCAGAGUGGGAACUACAGCUGUCAGGCCUUUAACAACAAAACUCUGAGAUAUGAAACAUCUCAGCCUGCAGCUGUCUCUGUACUGGAGAGAAUAUCAGGUGCUUUUGUCACACCAACAACAAACCUGACGAUUGAGGGGAUUUCUGUCAACUUAACCUGUGAUGCUGCUGGCUCUGUCUUUACCAGAAAGUGGAUGAAGGAUGGCUCAGAUCUGACUCUGGCUGGAAACAUGAACCUUUAUGACAAGAACAAAGUGCUGUCUUUUAACAGCCUGAAAACAACAGACAGUGGGGAAUAUUCCUGUAAUACCAGCAACCCCCUCAGCAACGAUGAAGCUAAAUACAGCUUGGUUGUGAUCUAUGGACCAGAAAAUGUUCAAAUCACAGGUCCAAGUGAGAUACAUGUGGGACAGUCCUUCACAUUAAACUGCUCUGCUGAUUCCACACCAUCUGCUACUUACACCUGGAUACUGAAUGGGACAGAGAUACACAAUUCUGCUGAGUUCACUAAAAACAACACUGAUCUCUCUGACAGUGGCAGCUACACCUGUCAAGCGAUGAAUAGUAUAACUGAGAGAACAUCGACUGCAGUCCAUGGAUUGUCUGUAACAGACAGGAGGUCUGGAGGUCUUUCAGCUGGUGCCAUUGCUGGAAUAGUUAUCUCGUGUUUAGUAAUUGCUUCAGCAGGAGGAGCUGUUGGAGGGCAUUAUGUUUAUAAAAACAAAAUCAACAACAAAGCUCCGCCACCUUCUGAUAAUAAAGAAAAAGAAGAACCUGUGUAUGAGAACACUUCAGCGGUAUAUGAGAACUUGUAAACUCAACGAUCUAAUUUCCCUUUAAAAAGAUGAUCAGAAAAUGAGCAAACUUGAAACAUCAUAACCAGCCCGAAGAAAAGAAAAUGUUAAUGAAUGUCAAUAUUAUUUUUAAUUAACACAUUUUUUCUGCAACUUUAGUUUAUGGUGACAUUUCUUCAAACCCCAAAUAAAGAGCUAAUAUAGAAUAAAGAGCUCCAUAGGGCUGCAGUUUGGUGAUAAUUCUCUAAGAGUUUGACACUGAGUCCUCUUGUAACGUGAUAUAUUGUUAAUAUAAAAAAUAUUUAUUUGAAAAUAGAUAUUCUGCCUUUUUGCAUGUAAAGGAAAAAAUAAUAUUGCAGCUACUAAACAAUGGUGAAUGUGUUUUUUAAUUUGAUUCGUAUGUUUAUAUAAUUGAAGCAAUGAAAUUGCCUCUGCCAAGGAGGUUAUGUUUGGUUCAGUUUGGCGUAUGUUUGUUGGUUUGUCUGUCAGCAAGUUUACGGAAAAACUACUGGCCCGAUUUUUAAUGAAACUUAGUGGAUAGGUUUAGCAUGGACAAAGGAAAAAUCCAUUACAUUAUGGAGCAUUUAUUAAUAUUGCGAGAACGCGUUUGUGCUGCAUUCAUGUGGUGUUGGAACAAUUGGAAAAAUGAUUUCCCAACUGGGAACAUUCAGACUGCAUUAACAUUGUGAGAUAGGGCAUACCUUGGCAGAGGUCUGCGCUCUCAGAGGGCCCUUAUAGUUUUUUAUGCAUUUUGUUUACUUUGUGAAUUUAAGUGUCUAUCUAAUGCUUGUUUUAUUUUCCUGAUCUACUACUGUGU